AUGGAAGACCAGGAGAUAGAGAAGGUCAGCAAGCUCUCCUGUAAGUUUCAUGGGGAUUUCCUUCUUGACGAGAGUCCUGUGACAUUUGAAGACAGUUCGAGUUUACAAGAAGCUGCCAGGACUGCUCGGCCCUGGAGGAGAGCAGGCCGUUCCGGUGAAGGUGUGGCUGCUAAACUUGUGCGUCAGAUCAGUGUGAGGCUGAUCCAAGAGGCCCAGAGAGCGCUGGAGGACUUCAGCGAACUGAAGAUGAGAUACAACGAUUUGCUGAAAAGCCGUACCGUUCAACAAUUCCAGAAGAUCAUAAAACAUAUUAAAAGAUUCAUGAUUUUUUGCUACGAGUUUGAACUGGGAUUUCAAAGAAGUUUAGCCACAAAACUCCCAGCGAUUCGCGGAGGAGGAGAGGAUGAGGCGGAACUGGCAGAGAUCCUGAAGAAGAGAGCGUCAUGUCCGUUUAACAGCACAAGUCUGAACCAGUGGCUGGAGUGCACAGAGAGAGAGGUCUCCACGCUCGAGUCCAUCGUGCAGCUCAUGCCCAACACCCAAGUGCUGCCCUCACAGAACCACAUGUACAAAGAGACCGGCAGAGUCCGCAAUGCUCUCCUGUUCGUGUUCACGGCACUGGACAGCUCUGACCAGUUCCUCACAGACCUACAGAAACACCUGGAAGGCUCUGCCUCAGGACGAAACUCUCAGGACCCAGAAAUGGACAAGUGGUACCUCUCCAAAGAUCUGCACAAAGCCAUAAUUCAAAAGGCUCGACUAUUCAGCCACUUUGCAAAAGCAAACCAGGGAAAAGACGACAUCCGCUUCUUUGCAGUGGGUUUAACAGACAGGUUUAAACGCUCAACCAUCUACUGUUUCGAAGACGGGCUUCUGGUGAGUGAUGACUAUGUGCCGCCUUCAGAACCUGAGGCACUGACUGGACAAAGUCUGUCACAGCAGUGUGCGGCUGCAGUUCUCCACGCCUCCACUGGGAGCGCACAACAUCACAGGAUACAGAGUGGAGGUCUGUGA